AUGCGGCUGCGCUCGGGGGUGUUCGCCUCCUCCUGCCUCCUCGUGCAGGCCCUGGGCGUCGCGCUGUUCCUCCGCGGUUUCUUCCCGGUACCCGUCAGGUCUCUGCCCCGCAGAGAGGCCCGUGCGGACCCUCCCGCCGAGCCGGCCCCGCCCGGCCCAGGAAUGGUUUCCAACUGGACCAAGAUUCCUGCACCGCUUUUCAAUAAAGUUGUCAUUGUGCUGAUAGAUGCUUUGAGGGAUGACUUUGUGUUUGGAUCCAAAGGGAAACAGUUCAUGCCAUAUACUACGCAAGUUGUUGAAAAAGGGACUUCCUACAGCUUCAUUGCUGAAGCGAAGCCACCUACUGUGACUAUGCCUCGAAUUAAGGCUUUGAUGACAGGUAGCAUACCUGGUUUCAUUGAUGUUGUUGUGAACCUCAAUUCUCCAGCUCUGUUGGACGACAAUCUGAUAUGGCAGGCAAAAGCAGCUGGGAAAAGAAUAAUCUUUUAUGGUGAUGAUACAUGGGUUAAAUUGUUCCCAAAGCACUUCAUGGAAUAUGAUGGAACUACAUCGUUUUUUGUGUCAGACUUUACAGAGGUUGAUGAUAAUGUUACCAGGCAUUUGGAUAGAGUGUUAAAGAGAGAAGACUGGGAUAUCCUAAUACUACAUUACCUGGGAUUGGACCAUAUUGGACAUAUUAGUGGACCAAACAGCCCAUUAGUGGGACCAAAACUUCGUGAAAUGGAUAACAUACUGAAGAAGAUUCAUAUUUCUCUUCUUUCAAAGGAAGAAGCUUCUUUGCCCAACUUGCUAGUUGUGUGUGGGGAUCAUGGGAUGUCUGAAACGGGUAGUCAUGGUGGUUCUUCAGAAGGAGAAGUGCACACACCUCUUCUGUUUAUCAGCUCUGCUUUUGAAAAGAGAAAUGGUCCUCUAACCCAACCUGAACGUGUGCAACAGACAGAUUUAGCCAGCACACUGGCAGUAGGUCUUGGUCUGCCAAUUUCAAGAAAUAGUGUUGGAAACCUCAUAUUGCCAGUUGUUGGAGGCAAGACAAUGAGAGAACAACUACGUUUUGUGCACUUGAAUGGGUUCCAGCUUAGCAGGUUGCUGCAAGAGAAUACGCCUGCAUAUGAAAAAGAUCCUGGAUAUGAACAUUUUAAGAUAGCAGAAAAAUCCCAUGGUAAUUGGAUCAAAUUGUAUUUAGAGGGGAAUAAUUCAGAAGUACUCUUAAAUCUUGGCAAAAAGGUCCUGAAGCAAUACUUGGAGGCCCUCAAGACUCUGAGUUCUUCACUAAGCAAACAAGUGGCACAAUAUGACAUGUAUUCGAUGAUGGUGGGGACUGUGAUCAUUAUGGAGGUUCUGCUGCUGCUUUUGCUCAGUGUUCCAAAAGCCCUGAGCAAGCGGGCAGAAUUUGAAGUGCCCCUCUCCCCUCCACUAUUCUCUCUGCUGUUUUAUUUGAUGUGUCUCAUGCUGUGUGCAGUUCAUGUCAUUGUAUGCACGUCGGCAGAAAGUUUGUGCUAUUUCUGCAGUAUGUCCUGGCUAACAGCAGUUGGAGUGAUGAUGCUGAUUUCUGCACUCAUGUGCGGUAUUUUAUCUGCUAUUGCAAAGAUCUUUGAGAAUUCCCGACUUCCACUGAAGAAUCCAGCUGUGUCCAGUUCUAGUUGGUCAGAAAUAGAUGUGCUGAUUCUGGCUGGAACGAUUGGCCAUGUUUUGAGUUUGGGGGCAAGCAGUUUCAUAGAAGAGGAACAUCAAACUUGGUAUUUUCUUGUCAAUACGCUUUGUUUGGUGCUGUGUCAGGAGCUUUGUAGAAAUAAUUUUCUUCUAAAAGAAUGUGACCCUCAACAUAGCACCAAUGUAAAGCAAAAUUUUGAUAGUCUCGGGGAAACCUCUGAAUGCAAGAAUAUAGACAUUCCAGCAGCAGGUAGUUCAAAAUUGGACAAGGCGACGUCUUCAUCUGAAUUCAUGAAAGGAUCACAUAAGUGGAUAAGCUUAGCAACUCCAUGGGUCAUCCUUAUUUGCUGUCGGCUGCUUCGAUCCUUGAAUCAGACAGGUGUCCAGUGGGCUCAUCGGCCAGACUUUGGACAUUGGUUGACAAGCUCUGAACAUAAACCUGAACUCUCCUUCUUGGCUGCAGUCUCCCUACUUAUGAUCUUCUUUCUGGUUCAAAGGAGAUGCUCCCUGGUUUCAAAAAUUGCUAUGGCACUCGGGCUCCUGGGAGUCUACAGUUACCGGGCAGCUGUUGGAAAUGUCAUAUUUCCAUGGCAACAUGGUGGCAAAGAUAUUUCAAAGGGGAUCACUGAAGCUCGUUUUGUUUAUGUCUUUGUUCUUGGCAUAGUCUUCACUGGCACUAAAGAUUUACUAAAGUCACAGGUUAUUUCUGCAGACUCCAGCACGAAGAGCACAGGAUUAUGGGAAGUAUAUAGCGGAUUGGUUCUACUAGCAGCCCUUCUAUUUAGACCUCACAAUUUACCAGUCUUGGUGUUUUGCCUGCUGAUUCAGAUGAUGAUGACAAAAUACAUUUGGAGACCUUUGAAAUUUGACGCAGCACAGAUUACUAUCAUGCACUACUGGUUUGGCCAAGCUUUCUUCUAUUUUCAGGGAAAUUCAAAUGGCAUUGCUACUGUGGAUGUUUCAGCAGGUUUUGUGGGACUAGAAAGCUAUGUGGAGAUACCAGCUAUCUUCCUUACGGCAUUUGCAACAUAUGCGGGACCUUUUCUUUGGGCCAUUCAUCUGCUGUGCUACUUAAGUUCUGAAGUUAGCAGGAAUUCAGCAGCAGUGGGUCACGGCUGUUUCUGCUACGCUCUAAUGCGCUCAAUUCCAGUUGCCAUCUACGUUGUUUUGGUGACGGGUCUGCGGUACCACCUGUUCAUAUGGAGUGUCUUCUCUCCAAAACUGCUGUAUGAGGGAGUGCAUGUGUUCAUCACAGCUGCUAUCUGCCUGUUCUUCACAGCAAUGGAUCAGAACCACUUUCACAGAGUGCAAGACUGAAAAUAAGUGUGCGGUGUGCCGUUCCGCGUUGCAAAGUCCGGUGUCACUGGAAUGGAAGAAGGAAAAUAAAGGCUUUAAACUGUUGUGCAGAAUUUGAAGAGUAACCUCGUUUAUUUGGGUCAAGAUCAGGGUUUGAAGGGCCUGUCCUGUGUUAAAAUUGAGUUUGCUUUAAAAAUGUUGAAUUGAAAUGAACUGGUUUUUUGAUAACUUCUGCUCUGUAGCUGCCAUUAUAGCACUCCCCAAAUAACAGAAUGGUGAUAUUACAUGUUUUGAACCUUAAAAUGUAUAUCUUAAUAUAAAUACAGACCGGUGCCUCGUGGGCACUGAGAAAAUCUUCUGCACAUACAGGUUUUUUAUCUUCUUAGACUACAGGAUCCUAAAAAUAUUCAGGACUUCUUGGUGCUGUUCACAAAAUCUUCUGUCCGUUAGCCUCAGGGGGGUUUUGUGUUUGUUUUGUUUCUACCGGAUGCAUUGAAAUGAUUACUAAAUUAUUGUUCUACAAAUAUCCCAGGUAAGAGAUUUUGCUUGUUUUGCACGGGCAGCAAGCAUUUCUGUUUAAAGGCAGCAUUUUGUUUGUAAGGUGAGUGCAAUCAUUAUCUGUAAUGGAUUUCGAUCUGCACUUCAGGCACUGAAUAAGAAAUGCUUAUGGUCUAACAAAGUAAUGAAUCUUCUGUAGAGUCCAUCCACUGCUAAAAUGUUGUGUUUCUUCUUACCAAUGUAUAAAUGUUAAAUCAGGUUUGUGGCAGCCAUGCUGAACAUUUGGUCGUGUUUUCCACAUGAUGGUAGAGAGUUGUGAGCAGUGAAUAGGAAAAUAGUUUAAUGGACUAAGUUACCAGCAGAAUAAAAGAUGUGUUUGCAGUUUGCAUCACCUUCCCCCAGUGACCUCUCGCCAUCUCAUUUGAAUGUGCUGUAAUUAAUUCCUAACAAUGUUGUUUUCCUUGCUUCUGUCAAGAAGAUAUAUGUUGAUGACUACACUGACUAUCAAUAUUCUUCAUGUGUGUUUUUUUGCCUCAUAUUUUUGUCCAUGUUAGUAGCUGAUAGGAUUUAAUCUAAAUAUAUUAGAGGUAUGGCAGAAAAGAAGCAUAGAGAGAACUUUAACUUUUGUUAUAAAUCUGGAAAAAGAAAGCUUUCAAGACCUAUAGAGCUGAUAGCCCAUUUGUUAGGCUCAUUAAUACACUUUGCAUCUCAUACUUCAGAUAAAGCAAAUCUCAAAAUGUAGGCCUUUAGUUUUUAUGUAUUAAUAAGAGGCCAUCUUGAUCACUAAUAAUGAAAUUUUUUCAACUAUAAAACAACCACAAUGUUCAGUACACUGGCAACGUAUUGCCAUUCACUGUGAGCUGUUGGAAGAUGUAAAAUUAAUUACUUCUAAUAAAUCACUUUUCACUG